AUGUCCGCCAUCGCCCCACCAUCUAUUGAAGAGAUUCUGGGCGGCUUUACAGUCGGCAUAGAUAUUGCUGUACUUCUGUACGGGAUUGUCACCGCACAGGUAUACUUCUACUGGUGGACAUCGCAGGACGACCCAAGAUUACUUCGCACAUUAGUUGCAUCUGUAUGGUGUUUAGAGUCUUUGCACACAGCAUUCUGUAUACAUGUCAAUUAUCACUACACAAUCACCGACUUUGGGAACCUUGAAGAUGUUCUUCGUGUCGUUUGGGAUAACGGUGCUACAUUAAUUGCAGGGGCCAUGAUCGCAGGCUUGGUUCAGAGCUUUUUCAUCUGGCGAAUCUGGAUAUUGAGUAGAAGAAUGAUUGGGGAUAAACAUCGCGAAGGCAGUCUUGCUCUUCUUGCGCGUCGGUCUGUGGUAAUUACUGCUAUCUUGGCCGAGAAACUAACCAAUCCUGCAUUGGUGUUUGUGAUCGCAACCGGGGGUUUAUUAUGGAAACCCCAAACUUGGCUCGACUUCAGAGCAUCCCGUGCAGAUCUAAUCACGUCCACACUUGGCCUCGGAUUUUCGGUAAUUCUAGACGCACUUAUCGCUUUUAGCCAGGUUUAUUAUCUCUGGACGAGCCGUACGGGCUAUCAAGCAACAGACAAUUUGAUUCGGACAUUGAUGACAUACAUCAUCAACACUGGUGCUCUGACAAUGCUGAACGCACGACAACGCCAUAACGCUGAGCGGAAGCAGCCUUCUAGCUUCGUCGACAUCGAGUUCCGUGGGGAUCGCGGAUUGUCCAGACCGACUCAAAUGCCAACAGGGAUUACUCUUCGUUUCAUGGCCUACACGUAUGAGCAGCCCCAGUCAAGUGAGCACAGGCGCAGAUAUCUUCAGACUAGGAUCUUGUACGACCACCUCCAGCAAGUGGCGCAGGACCAUGCAAGCGAAAGCUCUGAGAUUUCGCGCGGAUUGUCACAUGCAUCCGCUAUUGACCUCCUGGAAAGUGUUGCGGUAACCGUGAAUGAGGCGGUAGACGUUGACAUUGCUUCUGGAGAUGACGGCGCACGGACGUUUCGCCUUGGAGGAAUAUCCAGAGAUGAGGUGAAUAGCCUUACAUCGACUAGCUCUUCACUGUCCCGCCAAAAUGCUGCCAAACUCAAAUCUGCUCUGAAGACGACCCUGCUAUCUAUUGUAGAUUAUUAUGCAGAUGAUAUAGUAGACAACGACCCAGAAGUUGGAGAUGGUUUAUUUGAGUCUGCCUCGCGACUCCUAGACGAGAUCCGUGCGAGGCAAAAAUGGACGCUUGAGCACGAGUCUCUCAUUCGAGAUCAACAGGAACGUAUACAGAAACUCGUCGGACAGAUAAAUGCGAUACAUCCACGGUUAGAGGAGAAACUAUUGUAUGCGCUGACCACCCUGCCCCCAUUGGUGAAUGCCACCCGCACUGCGCAGGCGGAUGUUAGUGCCAUCUCCAUCGAAGCAGCCCUUCUCAAGUUGUCUAUCCUCCGCGCCCGUGCCCACAUUGCGCUGUACGGCCACAGCUCGCCUAAGGCGCCCGGUGGUACCACGAACCAGGCGCUUGCAGCUGCCUACAACAAGCUCCACGACAGGGAACGCGCGCAGGAGAAUGAAGAACGUGAUCUUGAUGGAAAGCUCGCUUCAUAUGAGGGCCUUCUUGGGCUUUUCGACAGGCAGCAGGGUGGGUUUGCCCAGGUGGUCGCGGAUAUGGCCCGGGUCAAGAAGGAGGCAGAGGAGUGCAAGAAGGAUCUGCGACGGCUAGGUUGGACUGGAGACUGA